AUGUCCAUUCAGCGUCCUCCGUUCUCACUGAGACACGAUGCACCCGUUGGUUGGCUGGUCGUCGAUCUUCGGCACUCCAUGUUGGCUACCGACGAGGAGCACCUUCAAAUCUUGCCGUCGCCCCAUUACAAAAGAUUUGCCGUCAACGACAUCGGCCAAAUCAUGACCGCCGGCGAAUUGCCCUCUGUCGGCACACGCUUUCCACUGUAUGUUAUGGCCAAGCACGAGAAGUUUCAGCGGAUCAUUGCCAUUCAUGUUGAGCUUGCUGAUGAAUCCCCGUUCAAAUUCUAUCGGGACCAUUACAAAACGAACGUGGCCGCCAACACAGAGAAUGGUACCAUACUGUUGUUCUCGGCACCGAUCACCAUCAAAGGAUUACCGCCUGAGCAACAACCGCUUACUUUCGCGCCGAUUUCCUCAGUAGCUGGCUUUCCCAUCGCGAUCAUCAGCAAGGAAGACGCAAAGGGACGAGGAUUUGCUCAGAUCCAACUUAUUCGACCACUGUCCAAGAAGGAAUCCGUUACGAUGGAAUUUUAUCUGGGAGCCUUUGACGUGAAUGGCGACCAGGUGGCUGAUUGUAAGGUGACCAUCAAAGUGCAGGCAAUCGCCACGGGACCACCAAAAUUCGAUGCGUCGCAUUAUUUCACUGCUCUAUCACUGUUAAGAGCACAUACGAAUGUGAUGCGAGUACAUGCCAGGUGA